AGAAAUACGAAUCUACCGUCUGGAAAUCGGUCAAUCCCAUCAAUGUUGACAAAAAAUGAAAUUUUCUUGAAAAAUUACAGACGUUUGGACAGAAACGGAUAAUGAUCGGGAGAAAGAAGAAAAGGAUUGUCGGGAAAAUUAUUUGGGGCCCUAGAAAAAGCCACGAAAACGGCAUUUUUCUUCAUUGCGUAGAAAUUAUUGAGGAAAAAGUUACUAUGUAUUUGAAUUCUGGUGUAAGCCAGCCCAGUGUUUACCAUGCCCUGAUUGUAAUCUUCCUUGAAUUCUUCGCAUGGGGCCUCCUUACCAACCCCAUGAUCAUGGUGCUGAAUGAUACAUUUCCUAACCAUACAUUUCUGAUGAAUGGUCUGAUUCAGGGGGUCAAGGGAAUUCUGUCAUUUCUGAGUGCUCCAUUGAUUGGUGCUCUAUCUGAUGUAUGGGGACGGAAACCAUUUCUACUCCUCACUGUUUCCUUCACAUGUGCACCUAUACCACUCAUGAAACUGAGUCCCAUGUGGUAUUUCACCAUGAUCUCAAUGUCUGGUAUAUUUGCUGUAACAUUUAGUGUAGUGUUUGCCUAUGUUGCCGAUAUCACAACGGAAGAUGACAGGAGUCAGGCUUAUGGACUGGUGUCUGCAACAUUUGCUGCAAGUUUAGUGACAAGUCCUGCAAUAGGGGCGUACCUAGGACAUGUAUAUAGUGACAAUUUUGUUGUUUGGUUAGCUACUGCAAUAGCGUUAUUAGAUAUAUUAUUUAUACUAGUGUUUAUACCUGAAUCUUUGCCGGAGAAAGUACGACCUGCCACAUGGGGAUCACCAAUCUCCUGGGAAAAAGUUGAUCCUUUUUCUGCAUUACGGAAGAUGGGAUCAGACUACCUUAUAUUGUUAUUGUGUAUUACUGUCUUUCUGUCUUACCUGCCGGAGGCUGGGGAAUACUCGUGUUUCUUUGUAUACCUUAAAUUAAUAAUGGGCUUUACAACAGAAGAAGUAGCUGUAUUUAUAGCAGUUGUAGGAGUCCUGUCAGUUAUAGCACAAACUAUAAUAUUAGCAUUAUUGAUGAAGUAUUUAGGCCAUAAACAAGCAAUUGUAUUUGGAUUAUUGUUUGAAUCAAUACAGCUGGCAUGCUAUGGAUUUGGUUCUGAAGACUGGAUCAUGUGGUUUGCUGGUACUAUAGCUGCUAUGUCAAGUAUAACCUAUCCAGCUAUAAGUGCGUUUGUGUCUGCACACGCUGAAGCCGAUCAGCAAGGUGUGGCACAAGGUGUAGUGACAGGAAUUAGAGGACUUUGUAAUGGGCUGGGCCCAGCCCUAUUUGGGUUUAUAUUUUACCUCUUCCAUGUAGAUCUAAAUGAAACAACAGAUGUAGAUCACACACACAAACCUCCAAAUAUAGGUCAAAGAAUCAAUCAAACAGCGUUAAGACCAGCAGGGACUUCCAAAGAUUCUAUAAUCCCUGGUCCACCAUUUGCAUUUGGUACAGUUUUAGUCAUUAUAGCCAUGCUGGUAGCAAUUAAUAUACCAGAUAAUCCACAUGCGAAGAAACCAUCGUCAAAAUCAGCUUUACAGUUGCAUCAAUCAAUGGUAGAGCAAGGUUUAAAAAAGAAUGAAGAUGCAGCAGAACCUUUAAUGUCAAACAUUGAACAGGAGUUAUAACAGGAACUGUAACAGGAGUUAUAACAGGAACUGUAACAGGAACUAUAACAGAAAUGUUAAAAACAGAUAUGCAGAAAAGUUAAGAUUGUGUUUACAUAUGUAGAGAUCUACAGAUUAUUAAUCAGACUGUUGUAAGUUACUGUGGAAAGUGAAUGUUGUAGAAUAGAAGAUAAUGGAACUCGCCCUAGCCAGACAUGGCUCCAAGGAUUUGAAACCAAGUUUGGAAACCAGUCUCAGAAUGUAACAUUGUCAUUGGUCAGUGUUCAUGUUGUACACAGAAACAACAAACCAAAUGUUGGAAUGUAAGACUGGUCUCCAAAACCUGUUUUAUAAUCUAGGAUCAUGGUCCGCAGGAAUGAUGUUUAUGAUUAACGUGUGCAUAAGAUAAAAUGAUGAGCCCAUUUUGUGACUUGGUGGAAAAAUCGUCUGGUUAAAGUCUAGUCUAGCUUAACAACUGAAGCCUAGCUCUGGGUCUGGUCAUUAUAGACAUAUGAUUUCAAGUCAUAAUUUGCUAGAUUUUGAGUGCAGAUAUAGACAUUGUUGAAGAUUUAUAUUGUUUGUUGAAUACUGAAACCUCAAAGCCUAGUCUGUUGUAAAGUGUGAUAAUUUUUACCUUAGUUGCUCAUAGUGUUGCAUUAUGUGAGAGCAGAAUUAACUGUGUUUUUAACUAGCAGGUCUGUAAGCAUUACUUACCCCGAUUUUUACCAAAGCUUGCGUGCUCAUUGUAUAUUAACUUUUGGCUGCCACUGAUAUUACAUAACAUUUAGUGAAACAUUUUUCUAUUAGUUAAUUUUUAGUUCCCUUUCAGCAACCUGUAUUUAGACUUAAAUGACCAGUUUUGCACUUUCCAUUGAAUUUUGUUAAGGAUGAAAUUCAAGUGCAUUAUGAAAUUUACAUUACUGUGUAUAGUUAUUAAUAACAUAUUGAAAUGAUUAAAGUAUUGCUCUCAGGCAUCAGAGACAAAGAUGAGCACAAAAACUAUUGAUAAUAAAUCAAGUCAAAGGCUAGGUUACCAUCAACUGUUAGUAUCAGUGUGUUGUGUGAAUGUUUAAACUUAUAAGCUUCAAUUUUUUUGAAAUCCAAAUCUAAAUGUUCAUGUAAUUAGCCUUGUUACUCUUUUAUAGUGUUCAAUUUACAGUAUAAUAAUGUCAAUGUAGAGCAUGCUUUGGUGAGAAAAUGAAAUGGAAUUUUGUGAAAAAUGAUUAUUUACUUAGCAACAUUGAAAAUGAAUAUUUAUAAAGAUAUUUAGGUAAAAUUUAAGUGCAGAAACAUUAUUUCAAGAUUAUUAAACCCUAUUUACAUUAUGUUGCCAGAGAAAUAUAUCUCUUGAUUGUUAAAGGGUAAAAUGUUGAGUAAAACAGUAACCAAGUACUUGAAGUAUAUAUUAGAGGUUUUAGAUUAUUUCAUGUUUUGACAGUAUCACCUGCUUAUUUCUAAGUUACUUAAGAUUUACUGUUUAGUGCAAUCAUAUAUAGAUGUUUCUUUAUGUUUUAACUUUGUUUUCUAAAUGUAUAGUUAUUUCAGCAUUGACAGUAUAUUUCAGUGUUUCAGUAAUACUCUUAUUAAGAAAAAAGUAAAGUGAUUUUGGCCCUUGUACUAGUAGUUUUGAAAUCCUCUAAACCUAUUUUGUUGCUAUUUAUUAGGUUACCAGAGCACAAAGUGCUUGAGGUCAGCAUUUGUGAUCACUCGCCAUCCAUUGUAUGUCCAGCCUUCCAUCUUGUCAUAUGUCAGUUGUCCAUCUGUCAUCAGUUUCUUCAAAUCACAUCUACAUAGAAAACAUUGUUAAGAAUUUGAUGAAACUUAGCCUGGAUGUUCCUUGGGUGGUCUUCAUCCAAAAUUAUUCAAGUUAAAGAAAAAAAAAAUCUUUAGACGACAUCUCCUUAAAACUACUGGUGUGUUUGUUGUUACCCUCUUAUAGGAUUGUUCGAAUUAUUCCAAUUUGUCAAAAAAAAAAACAUGGCUUCUAGGGGGAACUGUCUCUUUUCCCUGUAUGUAUUUAGAAACAGCUUUACAAAUCCACUUUUCAGACAUUUUAGACCCAAUUUCAUAAUAAUUGCAUACAAGUGCUCCAAAGAUGACCCUCUUUAAACACCUUGAAAAUUAGAAAGUGAUGGCCCAGUUUAGAAUAAUUCAUUUGUAGUGGUGAAAUUAUUCAGAUUCAUGAAAAUUAGGUUACCAGAGCAAAAAUUAGAAACAAAUUAAGACGUCAUCGAAACUAUAAGUCCAGUUUAGAAUUAUUUUACAUGAAUAUUCCUUUGGGGAACCACUUCCAAAAGUAUUCAAUUUUUCCAAUUGCUGCUUGGGAGCAUGAUAAAUUUCUCUUUAUGUACAUAGUGAAAAAUAUUCUUAUCAGAAACUGCUUCCCCAAAUUUGAAAAAAAAAAAAUAAAUCACAGGAAUAUUUUUAUGUAACCAUUUUGAUUUGUCUAAAAAUAUGGCUGCCAGGAGUUUUAGUUUUCUAUAUUUGACUUCAUUGAAAACUUAGAAAAACUUCUCAUUUGAAUCUGCAGGCCAGUUUUCAAAGUUACUUGGUAUAAAUAUGUCUUGUUAAACUAGUUUUAGGUGUGAAACUGUGGUGAGUGAUAUAGGACCAUCAUGGCCCUCUUGUUUUUAUAUACUUAGUCAGUCAGUAUAUAGUCAUUAAGGUUCCCCCAUUGAUUACACAUACAGGAGCCUCCUCAUGAAGUGUUUGUCAUUUAAGUGGAACAAAUGUUGCAGUUCAAGAAGGUUCAUGUGGCUCUUUUACCUGCAAGUGUAAUGACUAGAAUAUUCGUAGUCUUCAUCUGUAUGAAGUGGUUAUGGUCUGAGCCCUGUUAAGACUGUAGCUAGUUUGUGAAAGGUUGUUGGUUCUACUUACUGUUUGAUCCACUAUUUCCAUAUCAAGGGUUUCCUUGAUUUCAGAUAAGAUCUAUGAUUUAAGACAAUAUCAAUAAAAUUAUGCAUCAUUCAUUUAUAUAAGUCUGAGGGAGGUAAAAUGAACUUUUUAAAAUUUCAAAAUUUUAUUGUCAACCCCACCCACCCCCGACUUCUAUUGGGGUUUUGUAAAUUUCUGCUGCAAUUCUGAAAAUUAAAAAAAGAAAGAUUUUUGACAUAUUUGUGAAUGGAUUGUUAUAAAACUUUUAGGAUGUCUUAGUUAGCAUAAAAGCAACAUUUCCAUGGAAAUAUUUUGUAAGAAAAAUUCCAGAUAUGUGAGUUUGCCUGAGUUUUACAAUAGGAAAAAUACAUUUUAGGCUGUAAAAUAAACAUCACUAAAGAUAUUUUAAAAACUUGAAAAGAUCCUAAUGCCUUUCGCAGAGACCUUUGUAAUGAGUUAUGGUUUAUAUCUAGAUCUUACAUAGUAAAGUUGAUAUUCAUGACUAAACCCUGUUACAGAUUAGGGGGAUCAUACAGUAGAUGUCCAUCUGGUGCCUGAAAUAAUGCCUGGAGUGGCACCUUGGGUCUUCCUCCACCUUAAUGCCUGGAGUGGCACCAUGGGUCUUCCUCCGCCUUAAUGCCUGGAGUGGCACCAUGGGUCUUCCUCCACCUUAAUGGCUGGAGUGGCACCUUCGGUCUUCCUCCACCUCAAUGCCUGGAGUGGCACCUUGGAUCUUCAUCCACCUUAAUGCCUGGAGUGGCACCAUGGGUCUUCCUCCACCUUAAUGCCUGGAGUGGCACCUUGGGUCUUCCUCCACCUUAAUGGCUGGAGUGGCACCUUCAGUCUUCCUCCACCUUAAUGCCUGGAGUGGCACCUUGGAUCUUCAUCCACCUUAUAAGUUGAAAAGGAUCUAUAUGACCUGAAUUGUGUAAGAGUGACUCACCACACACAACAAACAGUAAUAUGGUAAAGUUACAACAACAGCGAAGACAUCUGAAAAGCCAAUUCUUAGUCAUGUGUGGUUCAUAUGCCAUUAUUAUUAGGGACAUCAUUUUCGUAUUCAUUUAAGAAUUGUUAAUUUUGCAACCUAAUUAUUUUGACAUUUUAUCAAACAUUAUGAGAAACAGCGAUUUUUUUAGUACUACAUGAACACAUAUUACUGUUACGUGUUUGAAAUAUUGUGUUGAUUGAAAAUGUGUAACUGUGAGAAGGUGCAUAACAUUACAUUAUUUUAAUCACCUUGUUCAUCUGCAUGUAAAAGAUGGAUAAUUAGGUGCUUAGUUUACAGACUACAAGUUUUUGUCUUUCUUUCUUUUCCCGUGCCUUCGUGAUAAAUGCUUUUUUUCAAUUGGUGGAAAAGUAAUCUAUUGGUUAUUAAUAAGUAACUUACAUCUUUUAGUCAUUUGGAGAUGAAAUUAUGAUGAAAAAUAUUAAUUGAAGUAGUAAACAUUUAUGGGGAUACAAGCAACAAGACUAACUAACUAUAGUACCUUCAGUAUUUAAAAAAAAAAAAAAAUACUGAUUUAAUAUGGAGAAAAAUGAGAAAAUUUUGUUACUGUUUGAAGUCCAUUGAUAAAUCUUUACAGUUUCUGAAGAAUGAAGGUAAACAUUAUUUGUUAGAUGUUUGUGUCAUUAUCAUAAUUAAUUUUUAUUCUUCAGACAUUUUACUUUCAUUUAAGUGAUUGUCAGGAACAAUAAAAUAGGGCUGAAAAUAGUUUAAAUAUUGGACCACCAUUUAACAGUACUUUGAUGCUGAAGUCACUGCUUGAUUGACUUAAUUCUGUGAGAAACGUGUUUGUAGGAUCAGGGGUAUCAGUUUAGAAAAUAAUCCAGGGGUAUUGUUGUCAUUUGAUUGCCAGGGCCAACUAUUUUCCAAAAGACUACAAGAGUUAAAGCUUUGAACUUUGUGACACUGUUAAUCGUCAUUAAGUGAGUAAGUAGGCAAAAAAUAUAACUGUCACUUGUAUUUUGUCACAAUUAUGGCCCUGCAUCAUACUUGGAAAAUUGGAAUUUCUUGGUUUAAAAUAUUUGUUUAGAAUUUUCUUGAAUAUUAUAGAGGUAUGGCUUUGAAACUGUACACAUAUACAUAAUCAUUACCUGUAGUAGGUAAAAAAACAAGAUUUCUGUAGCAUUUUUCGGAGUUAUGGCUUCAUAUAAGUAGUAGAGCUUUUGAAGUCAGCCGUUUGUCGGCGUGGGUGUCCGUGUCACAGACGUUCAAAGUUUUGCAUGUAAGCAGGUUUCUCAGAAACUACUUGGUCAAAUGCUCUACUUCACACCCGUCUUCAGCAUGAUGAGAUGACCUCCCAGGACAAGUUACAUUACUCAAGCUUUCAUUUUUUCAAAAUUACUGACUGGGAACAAGUAGCUGGACAAAUUUUCAUAUUUCAACUUCAUUAUUUUCUAAAAAAAAUAUUUGAUAUAAAUGAAACUCACACUGUAUAAACUUCAAUUCCAUUUACUGUACUGAAUCCAGGAACACUUGUUAGGUUAACUGCCAGCCUUACAUGACUGAAAUGCUGUUGAAAAAUGGCAUUAAACCCAGAACAAACACAGAAUAAAAAAUUAUUCCCCUUUUUUUAACUUAGAUAUUUUGUUGAAAGUUUUUCAUGUAAGCCUUUUCUCAGGAACUACUGAACCAAAUGCUUUCAUAUUCUCCAAACAUUUUUAGCAUCAUAAAAUGACAUCACCUGGCAAGUUUCAAAACUCAAGCUCACGUGGAAGGACUUCAAAUAAUUGAACGCGCUUUCAUUUCACAGCUCAAAUGUUUUGUAAAGGUCUGCGUUUUUCUUUAAGAACUAUAGCUUUUAAAUUAUACAUUUCUGUAUCAUCAGAAGAUGAAUAAGAAGGCAAAGAAUCAUAACUAUUUUUCUUGCAUAUUGUCUAAUAUCAAGCACUUAAAGACAAGAAAUGGCAUCUGUAGACAGUGCUCAUGUUAAAACAUUUAACUGUUCUGUAAAUUUUGAUUUGUCAAAAAUUAUUAUUUUUUUGCAAGUUUCUGAUAAAUUCAGAAAGAUACCUCUACAGAAUUUUAGUUGGCAAGGAUUUCAGUAGUUAUUUCUAAAUGCUACUUUCAAUAAGCGUGUUCAAAUAAUUUUUAUUGUUAUAUAUUUUGUUUUUACAAUCAAAAAGUUGUUGCUCCUAAUAAGAAUGUGUAAAUAUUGUAAAUCUCCUAUCCCAUGUAAUAUAUAUAUAUAUAUAUAUAUAUAUAUAUAAAUAUAUGUACUGUAUGUUUUUAAAAAAUCUCUGUAAGUCAUAACUGCAGAGUUUUAUUGAUCAGUAUUUGUUUAACGUCAAGCCCAUUUGCGGAAGCGAAGACAUAGUUGUCCAAAUGGUGUUUGGUGUAUGUGCGUGCAUCCGUCCGGAUUUGUUUUGUCCGGACCAUAACUUUGACAUGCAUGGAGCAAUCUUGUUUAUAUUUGGCUUGAAUGUUAACCUCAGUGAGAUAGAGUGUCAUGUGCAAACCACAGGUUCCUAUCUCAAAGGUCAAGAUCACAGUUGGAGAGUAUAAACUGUUCAACCAUCAUCAUGUCAAAAACGAAAAGCUGUUAUGGGUUGCAAAUUAUUCAAAGUGCCGAUGAUAUAAGUGCAAAAUAAAAUUGACAUGAAUAGCACCCAGUCUUAAAAAAGAAAAAUAUAUGUCCAGUAUUUCAGAUUUUUUGCAUGCAUGCUUUGUUCAUUACUUGUCAUAGUGGAGUUAGUACCAUAAUAUAAGAUUUUUUUCUUGCUCUGUGGUAAAUAAUUUAGAGUAAUAUAUCGUAAAAAAUUAAAUUGUUUUAUCUUAAAGUGUUUAGUUUGCUUGUUAGAUCAUGAUCAUGGUUUGUCUUUCAAUAAGAAAAGUGAUAUAAAAGUUGCAAAAUGAUGUAUUGUUUAUUGAACAAAAGAUGAAAACUUUAAGGCAAGUCCAUUCAUGUGACUGCAAGAUUUUUGUCUGAAAUCAUUAGUCCUCCACCUCUGAUUCAUGUGGGGAAGUUGGCAGUUACUUGCGGAGAACAGGUUUGUACUGGUACAGAAUCCAGGAACACUGGUUAGGUUAACUGCCCGCCGUUACAUGACUGAAAUGGCGUUAAACCCAAAAACAAACAAACAAAGCAACAUUUGAUUGUUUAUAUUAACUAAUUCCGUUGCAGGUAUUGCUAUUGGUAUUUCGUUUUUGGCAGUAUACAAUAGUCAACAAUAUUCUUUAAUUGCGUCUGAAACUUUUGGUAUUAUUGAUAUUGAUAAGAUGUCACAGGCUUACAUUUCAGCUUGGGCACAGUUUUUAAUUUUAUUUACUUACUAGUAUUUUUGUUUGUACGAGAGAUUAGAGAUUUAAUUUUGCUCAAAGUGCUUUUUGUGACUAAUUAUUUGCAGUUUUGUGUCCUGCUAGAAUAGAGAUGUAUAUUACAUACAGAUGUGUAAAGUAAACAUUUUAAUUUGUUGACAGAUAUUCUUGGCCUGAGUACAGAACAUUCUACAUGUAUUCACUAAAUAAGUUAGGCUAGUAACUUUUUUAUUAUUAUUAUAUACUACAUUUACAAAAUGUAUAUGGCACUCUUUUCAUAUAAAGAUACGUUCAAAAGUGUUUACAUAAAAGCAUCUAUAUUAUGUUCAGUAAAAGAAAAGGUAAUUGAACUAUUACAGAAUGAAUUUAAAAUUACAUUAUGGUAAUAAGAUAUGUAGCGUUUUAAAUUCAAGGUUAGCAGAUCAAAACAUGAAAAGAAAUACAAUAUGGUAAAAAAUUAACUGAUCUAUCAAAGUUACUGGUUAGAACAGAAUAGAACAGUAACAUUGCAGACAGAAAUCUGGCUAGAAAAUCCAUUUCUGUGGAGAUUGGUAGCUGGAAGUCAAGAAAGCUCUUUGAGUGUAAUUACUCCAGAGUCUGUGUAAAAUGAAAAUGUUUAAACUAAUUUUCUCCAUAUAACAGGAAAUAGGUAGGUGCUAGACUGUUAGUACUCUUUUCUAUUAUCGACAUUCAGUUACUGUGUGCAAACUAUUGUGAAGUUCAGUUACAUAUACACAUGCUUCUGAAACUUUUAUACAUCACAUAGAGAUAUCCUAGAAAGUUUGUAGUUUUGAAAUUUGACUAUAUGACCUAAAAGUUCCAAUAAUACUAAAUUAUACUGCAUCGUUUUAAAGCAAACAUAAGCAACUCGCCAAGAGAACUGUCAUAUGAAUGUGAUACAGAGGAAAGAAAAUAAUUCUAUAGUUUUGUUAACAUAAAGUACUAGUAUGCUGUAUUUUGAAUGCUUAUGUCAUCGUGUAGACGGUCUAUGUUUUAUUGAUAUUGCUGCCAGCUUUCAACAUAGGGCUUCCAUGUGCGUGCUGUAUUCAGUUUUAACUGUUGCUGUAUAUUUCUGAUCCUAUAGUUUUGUAAAAAAAGUGUCUCCUAUAUACACUCUAAUAUUAGUUUUUGUAACAUAGUUAAGAUUUUGUUGUUUCUGGUUUUGUUGUAAUUCAAUGGAAUUAAUUGUAAGGUGCAUGAUUGACUCUGUAUCUGAGAUAAGGUGUCUUCUAAAUACAUGUCCUGUAGGUAGCUGUGCAAUACGUGCUGUCUAUUCAUAUUUCAUUUUUUAUUGUAAGGACAUACCUGCUUGAAAUAUUUGGAGAAUUCAGCUUUUUGUUUCAACUUGUUUAUGCCCCUUUCAAAGAAGCGGGGUAUAUUGUUUUGCUCAUUGUCAGACUGUCGGUUGAUAGGUCGGUAGACCAUUUGGUUUCUGAUUAAUAACUGAAUAAUGCUUGGUCCCACAAUGGUCAAACUUCAAAGGAUGAUUAACUGUGGUCUGUAGAUGAACCCUACUGUUUUGGGGUCAGUAUAUAAAAGGCCAAGGUCACAGUUAUCAUGGGACUGAAAACAGUUUCCACUCAAUAAGUAAGGUGCUGAUUUAACCUACCUUUAUCAUGAUCCAACAUCAUAAGAUUGCCUAUGGUCAGUAAAUGAAUUAUAUUAUUUUAGGAAUGUGUAGGACAAAAGGUCAGGGGGCCUCCACGGCCGAGUGGUUAAGGUCACUGACUUAAAGUCACUUGCCCCUCACCGAUGUGGGUUUGAGCCUCACUCAGGGCAUUGAAUUUUUCAUGUGAGGAAGCCAUCCAGCUGGCUUACUGAAGGUUUGUGGUUCUACAAAGUGCCCUCUUGUGAUGAAAUAAUGCUCCCGAGGGGCACCUGGGGUCUUCCUCCACCAUCAAAGCAGGAAAGUUGCCAUAUUAUGACCUUAAUUGUGUCUGUGCGAUGUUAAACCCAACAAAAAAAGGACAAAGAGACUAAAAAUUGAAAAUGGUUUCUACUCAGUAAGUAAAGAACACUUUUGCGCAAAGUUAUGGGAUGAUUGUUUGUGGUCAUUAGAUAAUCCUUAUUGUUUUUGGUGGUCGGUAUGUCAAUAAUGAAGGUCACAGUGACCUCAGGAGUAAAAAUGGAAGUCAAUUAUAGGGGGCAUUAUGUUUUAUACAUAGAGUUUUUGUUUUUAUUGUGAGUUUUCAAGAAAUUGAACUUCAUGAAAUUACACAUUGAAGAUUACUGUCACAAUUACUAUUUAGGUUGCAAUGUCAUACAUGUAUGUAUACUAGUAAUUCCCUCUAUAUAACAAAAAAUGCACACAGAAAUUGUCCAGUAACUUCAUUCAAACUUAAUUUAAUCUAAAUCUAUGUUUUAAAUUACAUGAUUAAAACAUUUAACUUUGCUUUUACAGAUACAGUUGAGCAUAUGAGCCGCGCCAUGGGAAAACCAACAUAGUGGCUUUGCGACCAGCAUGGAUCCAGACCAGCCUGCGCAUUCGCACAGUCUGGUCAGGAUCCAUGCUGGUCGCAAAGCCACUAUGUUGAUUUUCUCAUGGCACGGCGCAUAUAUGUAUAUAAUUUGCAAAUUUGCCAUUUUUCUAAAAAUUGUGGAAAGUUUUUCUUUCUAGCUUUGAAGAAAAAUGAUGUUAUGAUACCUUUUUAAAAAAAAGCAGCCCUUUAAUGAUAUUUUUUUUUGUUGCAGUUAAAUUUACUUGUUAAAAACAUUUGCUAUGUAUACGGGUUUUGUGACUUUAAAAAUGGGAUGAGGCUGUACCAUGAGAACAAUUAUAAGGUGGUUAAAAUUCAUUUAUUCAAAUUCCUUGAAAACAUUCGCAAUAUAAUUGCCUAUUAUUUAAAAUUGUACUUUAGAAAAUAUUUAAGAUAAUGACAAAAAAAGUGUUUCCUUAGAAGAUUGUUAUAUUAAUAGAUAGUGAUUUAUUAACUGGUGGAUAUGGUCCAGACUUUCUCAUAUCAGAAAAUAUAUAUGUGUAUAUAUACAAAAGGAUAUUCUUAGGUAUUGCAGUUUGUCAUUUAAGAAUAGGAUUUAUGGAUAGACUGUCUAUGACUGUUUAUGAGACUGGUUGGCACUUUGCUAGUUUGAAUGGAAUUCUUCGCAUAUUUCAUAUUAAUGUGAUGAAUAUAAAAGAAUAAUUGAUUAUGUCUUGUAAAAUAUAUUACAUUUAUACUAAUAGUGAAUCAGCUAUUAUGGUAAAGCCAUUUUGUUAUUUUUAUUUUGUUACGUAAGUUUUUUGUUUGUAAUUUGUUGAAAAUUCUUACAUGCUAAUUAGAUGCUUUAGUAAAAAAGGUUAAGGAGAUCAGGGUUCAAGAGUAAAAAAGGAUAAAGAGAUCAGGGUUCAAGAGUAAAAAAGAGUAUGGAAAUCAGUCACAAAACUCAAGCAUCAGAUUGGUUGCUUUUAAGCUUAGAUUUGAAACUGGCCAAUAGAAAUGCUGCAUUGUGAGACUGGUCUCCAAACUUAGUUUUAUAACCUUGACCCAGAUCAGUGCCAUCAUUUAAAGCAGUAAUACCUCACAAAGUACUGUACACAUUUCUACACAUAGUACUUAAAAUGCUGCUAAAACUCACUGAAUCAGACUGUUUUCAGUUUUGUUUUACAAUAACUUGUAUAUGGAAGUGCUUUUUCAAUUAAAAUUCCCAGGGGUUGCUUGUUAUCACAAUACUCAACUAAUGGAACUAUAUUUGAUAAAAACAGACUUAACACUCAGAAUGCAGUUGUUUAAUCACAAGAGUAAAAUGUUGACCCUACCAUAAAAAAAUUCAGAUACGUUUGCCUCAGUAAGGGCUGCUAAAAUUAUUCCAAUAGAAAAAUGGUUAUUGUUUUUGUGAAGGUUUGGCAUGCUUGAAUACAUCAGAUAGCGGAAAAGAAAAAUAUUUAGAAAAUGGUAAUUAGAAAUUUAGACUACCUUUUGAAGCCAUUGUUAUUAAGAAAGUAUUGUCAUUAACAAUUUCUUUAGCUAUUUAUAUAUUCAUGUUUAAUCAUUGUUUCUAUAUCAAUGUAAGGUAAUUUCACAUCUUGAUAAAUGGAUCAUGUACAUACGAUUUUAUUUUCAUAUCAGUGUUGCUCCAUAAACAUAUUGUUCAUUGUAGUAAAUUAUUGUUAUUUAACAUGUUCUUUGAAUUUGUAAUAAAUGAAAACUGAAUGAUGUAA